UUACACAAGUAUUUUAAAACUUUAUUGAAUAUUAAAAUAGUUUAAAUAAGGCUUUUUUUCACUCAAUACAAAUUGAGACAAAAUAUUCGUUUUUGCCCUGCGAAAUUCACUGCCAUAAUUUGAAAUAUUCUUGUCUACUUAAAACAUAUAUUCAGAAACAACGAAAUGAUUUUCCAGACGAAUAUUUGGAAUUUACUGGCAACUUUAAAAACAAGAACAAUGUGAGUUAACAUACAACCCUGAAAUAUGUACUUAUAUUAGCGCCUUUGUCAUUUGUCAUUCGUGAAUUUAUUUUGAGCAGUGAAAGAAGGUCCCAAAAAAUUAAUUUGUGAGAUAGGACUGUUGCAAUCGUUUAAAACCAAAUAUUUGGAAUAUAUUCGAGCAUUAUAUUGCGUUUUGUCGUAAAAACAAGAUUUAAACGUUUUGGUAAAUUAUAAAGAAAAGAAAUAGAAUAUCAAGAUGCCUAUUACCUUGCAAUCAUCCGACAACGAAAACUUCGAAACUGACGUGCAAAUCGCAAAAUGCUCAGGUACAAUAAAAACAAUGUUGGAGGAUUGCGGCAUGGAUGAUAGUGAAAACGCUACAGUUCCAUUACCUAAUGUGAAUUCCGCCAUACUGCGCAAAGUACUUACAUGGGCUACGUAUCAUAAAGACGAUCCACAACCAACCGAAGAUGACGAGAACAAAGAAAAACGUACCGAUGAUAUCUCCUCCUGGGAUGCGGAUUUUUUGAAAGUUGAUCAGGGCACGCUCUUUGAACUAAUUUUAGCCGCUAAUUAUUUGGAUAUUAAAGGGCUGCUGGAUGUAACUUGUAAAACUGUGGCUAAUAUGAUCAAAGGUAAAACACCCGAAGAGAUCCGCAAAACUUUCAAUAUCAAAAACGAUUUCACACCAGCAGAGGAGGAACAAGUGCGUAAGGAAAACGAGUGGUGUGAGGAAAAAUAAAGUAGCAUAUUCAAAACACAAUAGCCCUUAUAUUUACUUAUGUAUAAAAGAACAAUAUUACUAUAAAGGAGAGAUCAGUAUAAAAUUUUAAUCAAAAUUGUAUGGCUUGAAUUGUCACUGCUGAGAUUUCUUUAAAAUCUCUUAACAUAUUUAAACGAUAUUUCGCAAUAAAUGUAAUUGAUUUUCCCGAAAAACGA